AUGGCAGAGGUUCCAGAAGAUGAUGUGACCGAGACUGAGGUUGAAGAAGACCCAGUGAACGAUCCCGAGUAUGUCGAGGACUUGCUGUUGCGCGGUGUCAAGAAGUUGGUCGUGCUUCCUGGUGCAUCCUCGCACGCUGCAUCAUUCCAAUUCGAGAAAGAAGAUCACACGAUGGGCAAUGCCCUGCGGUAUUUUGUUAACAAGAACCCCGAUGUGGAAUUCUGUGGUUAUACCAUCCCACACCCUUCCGAGACCAAAAUGAACAUCCGGAUCCAGACUUGGGAGGAUACCGAGACAACAGCAGUCGACGCACUCAGAAAAGGCCUGUUAGACAUGGUCGCUGCUUGUGAAGUGGUGUCGAAGAAAUUCAAGGCGGCGCGAAACGAAUUCAAUGCUUCAAACUCAUGA